CGCAUUUUUUCGACCAACAUUAAACAAACUGGCACCUGUGACGCAAUUUGCGUUAUGACAAGUAAACGUCGGUUUUGAUAAUAUUUCGAAACAAUGGCGCGAAAAUGACUAGUAGCAUCGUUUUAAAUGAAACGCUUAUGAAAAAAGAAAGGCUUCGAGCAGCAUUCGAUACCAUCCAAAUAAUUGCAGACAAUGGUUUUGUUGAAGAUUCACUUUAUAAGCGUUCGCAUCAGGUGCUGCUUGAAAGAAUCAAGCAAUUAGAAUACGAAGAAGAGCACCAACGUGGUGUUCUACGCCGCGUAGAAGAUGUAAUCCCCAAUAGUUAUUUAGCAAAAUACGGAAAUUAUCCUUAUAAUGAAUACCGCGAGCGCUCCUACACCCCCCACACAAGUGGACCCAUUGCAGUGCAUCCCAAUCUGGGCAAAAUUGACUAUGCCCAUGAGCCAUGGAUGCUGCCGGCAGUCGAGGAUUUGUUCAUACACACGCUCUACUCUGCAACAACCAACUACAAAUUAUACGAAAAUGAAUUGCAGAAGAUGAUAGAAUGCGGGGACGUAACCCACGAAUUGUUUCCCUGCUACAAAUCAUCUGAGGGUCAAAAAUCUUCCACUAGUUCGUUAGACUGCUCAUUAGAGCGAUCUCCUCCGAGAUCGACUUCUUUCAAACAUGACCAGCCCAAUCAGGACUUUAAUACAGACAAGGAUUUGCCCUACUAUUUCAAAGUCAACGAGUACGAGGGCUACAGGCUGCGUACAAAGCUUCUAUCAGAUGAAGUCAAAAAUGUAUGGUACAAGAGGGAAACUUACAGUAGGGAGCACAUGUUGGAGGUGUACAAGUCGUUGAUGGAUAAUGUGAUCAUCAAUCAGGAGUCCGAAGCUUUUCGGCACAUUUUGAAACCGGAUGACUAUGCAUUACAAAAAUUGGUAGCUUUUAUAUUAGAUUUAAAUAAUAAAAUUCCACCUCCGACGGAUCAUGACGACCAAGAUCCAAAUACCGCCCUCCUAAAUGAAACAACUCGCACACCUACACGCCGUCUAUAUUCAGACGUUGUGCAGGGCACCAAUAUGGCGCCGAAGACAUCAAAAAGCCUGCAUGAACCGUGCAGUCCCAAAUCGAGUUAUUACACUGACGAAUUCUCAUCGGGCGUCAACUCCAGCACAGGAUUUCUGCAUCCAGAGAGUACAACAAAAUCAUCGACCGAGUUUAAUGAUAGACUUCACGCACAACCAUCGAUGUCAGAAUUGAGUUACUUUGAAAUUGAUACGCCUAGAGUGCCAGAGAUUGGUGACAUUAUAAACGCAAAUCCGCCACGAAAACAAUCACCGAAUAAGUUUUCCUAUUCUGAAGCUGUGAAUAACACAUGUGGGUAUCCCAUAAACCAGUUCAAUAUGCCAUUCUUGAAUGAUGAAGUCCAGCCAAAAACUAAUAAUACCAGCGGCACCUAUCCGAGCACUUCCUACAAUCCGAUGCAAUACCACGCCGAAACAACUUCCUACACUGGAAAUCCAAAUUAUAAUAGAUUGGGGUAUUCUAUCAGUAAUCCAACGUACCCACCACAAACCUAUCAGGUACCACUAAAUCGCACCCAGAAUGUGAAUCCAAGUUGGUACAUAUCACCCCCUUACCGCCCGGCGCACCAGCCAUCACCUUACAGCAUGGUCGUCCUGCCCCAAUUACCCACAAAGCAUAGAUGGACCAAUCCGCAGUACAUGCGUCCUAAUACCCCAACGACAUCUAUGUACAACCCUAGUACCUCGCAGAACCCACCCGUCACGUUUCCUCAUCAACCAGCUGCAAUGAACAUCAAUCGCAGCGGUUCCAAUCAACACGUCAACACUUCCGGCUUCUCCGCCUACGAUCCGACAAAAAACAAGAAGAAGAACAUCGCGCCUACCACUACUAAAUUCCCUCGCAGUAAAAGCCCCGACCAAGGGAUGAAAAAUAAGAAGUUCGUCAAAGGGAGCACCUCCGGCGCAACGCCGACGACGUAUCCGUCAAAGAUUUUGACCAAACCCCAUUCGGAUUUCCGUAUAAUGGCUCGACAAGAUGGCGACCGCGCCAGCUGCGCCGAUCCGCCUAUACCCGUCAACUACAGCGCGUCCGACGAGCUAGAGAAGAUCGCACUCCGCGAGUAUCAGCCGUCCGUCGAGGGGUUAUUCAAUGAGAUCGAGCGUCAGGCCGAGGAGCAAUACGACGGCAAUCCGGAAAACUCCUGCCGCCCCCCGAAUAGUGGAAAUGAUCAACUCCUCGUCGGGGGGCUGCGCGCACUCAACUUCGUUUUCCAAUUGUAUUUUUCUAUCAAUACACGCUGAGAUUUACUGUAAAA